UUGUCUUCAUUGCACCAUCUAAUACAAGUUGUCAAACAGGCGUACUACUAACAUAAAAACAUUUCAAGUGAUAAAUCUGUGAAUCGACACCAAGCAACAUACUUCCAAGAACAUUGAAUAUCUACUUGCGCGUUUAUCAAUUAUUUAAAAACAAUCAUAACUUUUUCUGUAACGAAACGAUACUUUUUAGUAAUCCUAAUUUAUCAUAUGGAGGGUUAGGUUAGUAGUAAUUGAACGUCCAACAUCGAACAUAAUCUCUCCUGCCAAACUAUGGGCAAUUGAGUGUAAUUAAGAGCAAUUGUCUCGAAAGAAUGAAGCACAGCAGAAAAUAGGGCUGAAAAUUGUGCGUUAGGUGGCACAUCAUCCACUGUCCAUCAUGUCGGACAUCAAAUUAGAUGUGCCAGCCGAAGAUGACAUGGCCACCCGUGUGUUCUGGGAAAUUCUAUCUCCCUUGGGCUACAUUCCACAACCAGUGAAGGAAGCCCUCCGAUCUACGGGUUUCGACAAUCUUCUAUCGCUGUCGGCCAUGCGGGAAUCCGAUCUGGACGAGAUCACCACACAAUAUAAAUUACCAAUGGGUCACCGACGACUGAUACGGGUUCUUUCGGAACGUAUCAACCAAUUGGGCAUGGAAGAUCUAACGGCGAAGCUACUACGAAAGUUAGACCGUCAGGCAACUACCAUCGUCAAGGUGUCCAAGCCUACACCUCCGAAUCCAACGAGCAGCGAUUCCCGGGAUGAACCUCCAAUCGCUACUCGACCUGUUCCCUCCCCGGAAAUACUAGUCGAAAUGUAUCGUACGAAGUUACAGCAGAAUAUUCUCUCGUGGUUAACCACUCAUGGCGAAGUUGGAUCGAAGGAAAUCGAACUACAGGACAUCAACAUCAAUGUAUCGAUGUUGGAAGGCAAACUUCAAGGCUCUGUCAUCUGCCCGUUCUGUCGCAUGGAAAUCAAAAUCUACAUCCGGGCUCCGGAUGCGGACAGCAGCGGUGCCAUUGCCAACUCAAACUACAUCAAACAUUACAACCGGAUGCACCGAAAAACUCCGAUGCCUCCCAAAUCACCUGCCGCCAGCAGUUGGAAUACGUCGUUCGGGACACCUCCACCGGGAAGCAUGAUGUCCCUGGAGCAACACCAACAAGCUUUGGCGCAUUUACACGCUGAACAGCAGGCGGCGGCCUACGCAGCGGUAACGGCUGCCGCCAGUGGCGGUAGCGGCGGAACUGCAGGCAGUAGUGGUGGUGGGCAGCUGCCCAAUCCAGCUGCAGUUUACGAACUGUUGUUCAAACAGGAAUCUAACAGCUGGGACGAUUGAUAAUAAGAGAGUUACGCGAAGCUCCACAUCACUCGGCAGUAAGUGUAUAGAAAGUAAGACUAGAGAGAGAAUCGUGUUAUUUCGUGAUUAUUUGGUUGAUUGUAGAUCGUUCGGCAUAAUUUAUAUGAGUUUGAAAUUAAAAAAAAAACUCAAUUGCGUUAUUGGUCUUUGAUGCUUUCCUUGAAGCAUAAGCAGUUUAGCAGUUUUUGCUAUUUUUUGUCAAGAUAAAAGAUAUAAACCUUUCUUCAGAAUCAUAAAUUUGUUUUUAGCAGCGCAUAAUGCCAAACGACUAUGUAUAAGUUCGAACGAUUAUUAGGCCAAACUUUGCAAAUUCAAUUGGAAAUUUAAACUUAGACCUAAAAAAUAUAAUUUGCUUUGAAAAAUCAGCCUAUGACUGAUAAAAAAAAAAUUUUCAACAGUUGAGAAAAACCUCAAUCUCAUCUAUCUGCUACAUUGUGAUUGCCCCAAUUAUAGAAAUACGUUUACUGAAUGUAGGAUUAGGCCACCUCGCGAAAUGAAAUUCAUACGAAUUCGAAAAAUUAUUUUACACCGAGAAUGUUUUUGGGUAGUAUUAAAGUGUUAUGUGUCUUUCAAUGUAAAUUUUUGUUUGGAUAUUCCUGCUUUGAGAAAUAUGUAGUCAUUGAGGGCAAUAUUAUUUAACGGACUUUAGUAAUAUGCAUGAGUGAAAUACUUGAUUGAUAUUCCAACAUAUGCUUAAUAAACUCAAAUAUGUAUACAUAUUUAUUGAUAAUAAUGUA